GUUUCGAUAGUAACUGCAGCGCGUCCUUCCAGAAGAGCCGAGCGGAGACCGUCAGCGCAGCAACAUGUUCAACAGCCUCCUCAGACAGUUCGAAGACGACCCCUUCUUUGCCGACCCAUUCCAGCUGCAUCAUGAUCGCAUGCGGCAGAUGAUGAGGGGUUUCUCUGACCCCUUCGGUCAGGGCUUCAUGCCCAGCAUCACAGACGGCCGUCACAGGGCUGCGGCUCAACCCAACGCCAGCCCGAAUGUCCGCAGUGACCGGGAACUUGAUUUCUUUAGUAGUCCUUUCUCAAUGAUGAACAGCAUGAGGAACAGGAUGGAGGCGAUGCAUAGCAAUUUUGAGAACAUGGCGUCAGACAACAGUCACUCGUUUUCCUCUUCCUCUGUCAUGACGUACUCUAAAGUGGGAGACGAGCCCCCGAAAGUCUUCCAGGCCUCGUCUCAGAUGCGCUGCGCUCCUGGAGGAAUAAAGGAGACCAGGAGGAGUCUGAAGGACUCUGAGAGCGGACUCGAGAAGAUGUCCAUCGGCCAUCACAUCCAGGACAGAGGCCACGUCAUCGAGAGGAAAGAGAACAGGAAAACCGGAGAGAAGGAGCUCAACCAGGACUUCCAGAACAUGGAUGAAACGGAGGCCCAGUCCUUUGAUGAGGAGUGGCAACGAGAGGUGUCCAGAUUCCAUACUUCUGCACCCAUGGCCCGCCUGGAAGCACCGAGACACAGAACGGUUCACCGAGCGGCCAUCACAGGACCACAAGACACACACAGAGACGACAAAGCGGCCGCAGCGAAUCAAACCCAUUACAAUGAACUCAACAUUAAAGGCUCCGGCAGGAAAAAGCACUAAAGCUCAAUCACAAUAAAACACUCUUGACAGGCAACAACUCACUGAUGGUUCUUACUACAGUUACCUUGAAUCGGCCAGUGACUUUCUUACGCCUGUUUCACACCACAAACUUGAGCAGCAGCAAAAAACUUUGCCAUUGAACACAUUUCUGCCACACUCUGUACAGAGAACUCAUGUGUAGGUCACUAUGGUGAGUAUUUCUUUUACUAAAAACCAUUAGUUUUGAACUGGUUAUCACUAGUGUGUCACUAAUAAGCAUUAGAUGUGGUCUGUUAAAUUCGGUAAGCCUUGCCCCCCUUAGUUACUGUUGCUAACUCGGACAAACAAACAGAGUUGCCAGCUGUCAGCGUGAAACCCUUGUCCCAAGAUGUUUUUGAUAAAUUGUGGACACAGAUGGACCACCUCUCGUCGAAGAGGGACUUAAAUAUGCCAUGGAGGGAUACACUAAAGAUUUAAAAUAAAUAAGAUGGGUAACAAGAUUAAUUUGGAAGCGAGGGUUACGGCUCACAACGUAAGCGGGAGAAGCUUCAUGUUAGUGAUCAUGAUCGAUCAACACUGUUCAUGUACCACAAAUUAAAUUACAUGUAACCAGUUUAAUAUGGAGAGGCACUAAAAUGCAGACCUGUUACAAGUACCUCAGGCACAUCGUUUUACCACUUUUGUACCAAUAGAGUUUUGGAUCUUCCAGUGUUUCUCUAUAUACUAAAACCUAAAGAUGUCCGAGUUCCUGCGCAACUGAUACUCAACUGUCAUUGGCUCAUCAGCACUUGAUGAGACAGGCUUACCGACAGGUCAUUUGUGUACUAUGCACUUCCAUAUUUCCAUAUCAUCACCUGUAGUACACUGUAGUUUUUCCAUAUCACACGCUGGACUACAAAUAUAUGCUUAUUCUGUGCAAUUUCUGCUUUUCCAAGUCAAAUCAUAUUGAUUUAAUCUGUCAUCAAUGCACUGUCACUUUAAGUGUGUGUGAUCAGCUGCAGAAAUGCUUUAAUCUUCUGUUAACACGGCCGCUGAAAAACACAUGCGCUGCUCUCGCCUGCGGUGUGAAACAGGCCUCACAUCCGUAAGAAAAUUACAUUAUUUUCCCUGAGAGUUUCACUGUUAAUGUGUUUUCAAAUCCUCAGUCCUUGUUUUUUUUUUGUUUUGUAUUGUUUUGUUUUCCAGAUAUGUUCAAAUCAAAUGUAACAACACAAAUGCUGUCAGUUCUGUGAUGCAGCUGUUCUUAACCCUGGUCUUAGACGAUUCUGAAUGUCUCCUUUAUCUCACACUCUCAUUUCAGGUCUUAUCAGUCUGUACUAAUGAGUUGAAUCAGCUGUGUUUGAUUAGGGAGAUGUACAGAAUAUGCAGUGUUCAGAUUCAGCGGGUUCGGCGCUGCUUUUGUGAUCUGAAGGAGCAUUGACAUCAGACUUAACUAGGUUGCAGGAGCAGAGUCGUGAUCUGCCGCUGUAAUGCACUUAUUGAUGUUGUUCAUUCUGGAGUCAUCAUCAUAAACCCUCUGAAAACCUUGCUCUGUAAACAUUUGUAAAAUAAAAACAUGCAUGAAAGUAGACUUUUUAUAUGAAUGUUUCUCAUUUAGUGUUCGAGAAACACAACUGUGAUGUUGUUGUCCAGCCACACUUCACUUUUUCGCUUUUCAAAAGGUGUAUUUUUGGAAAAUAAACAUUGAAUGUGUAGAGUCGAAAUAAAAUAGUAUCACAAUCCACACUUUUAAUAUUGCAAAUAAUAAAGUUUUUGUUGAUCUUU